CUCAAGCUGGCUCCUCCACGACUUACCGGUGGCUCUUCGAGCUCCUUUAGCGACCGCCCCCCCCGCGCCCAUCAUACUCGUCAACGUUCCUCGGUCAGCCAUAUCCUACACGAGCAGCAUCAGCAGCAGCGCCCAAGCCUGCUGUCUAUCGAUACUCACCAGGCUCAACAGCCCCGUAACACUCCUCUCUCUCCGGUUCCAGGUGAGUACUUUACGUUCUCGGCCUUGCCCACCCAAUGUCUCACUGUUCAUACCUUGAGCCCUCUUGGCGAUUGUUCCCUGCCUCUGUUUCCGGGCCUCGCUGUCCUCCCCAUUCACUGUCUUUCCUUGUGCUGCCUGUCUCUUUUUAUUGCCGUCCUCCCCGCCCCCAGCCGCCCUAGGUCUAUUCUUGAUCAAGGUGGUGCAACUCACAUUGGCGAAUCCAGACACUGCACCCUUCCCUUCUUCUUCGGUUUCCUCUUGCCGUUUCCCUCUUUUCCUUGCGUAAAUAUCCUCCCUCUACUGCAGUUCUCAUGGGCCACACCCACAAGUGACCUUGUUCGCGCGGGCUAAUCGCUGAGCCCGCCUCCCUCCAGAUACCCCAGGGCCUUCCAUGACCCUCUCGCGCAGCCCUUCACCCGUUCCCGGUGGUGGCUGGUCAAGUCCAGGCUUGACCCUAAACAGCGGCAGAUCGAGUCCCGCAAACGUGAGCGCCGGCCCUGUAAUGUGGGAAUCCGCCAAGAUGAAGCAUUACAACCCCAGCACAUACCCGUCCUUCUCGACCCAGAACAAAGGUUUCUUCUCCAGACAUAUACGCCGUCUAUCGAGUACCCUUCCGCGAUUCAAUUCCCGCCAAUACGCAGACAAGGAGAAGCUCGGUCGAGGUCGGCGAUGGAUUCAAAGGGUCCCUCUGGUCGGCAGGAUACGGUCCAUCUUUGGGCGCAUGGGAAGGAAGCUUAAGAUGUGCCUGCUGUUCAUCCUGGUGCUGAUCCUCUGCUACACCAUUUUCUACACAACUCCCCUUGUUUACUACUGGCGAAGAUCAUCAAUCGGCGGCGGCGGCAACAAAUUCGUUAUCAUCCUGGGCGCAAACGUUGGAGGCGGCGUCAUGGAGUGGAAGGGCGCUCGAGAAUGGGCCAUUGAGCGAGACAGCGUGCGGAACAAGCGAAAAUACGUGAACCGAUGGGGCUACGACCUGGAAAUCGUCGACAUGAGCACCAAGAAGAAGUAUGCGCACGAGUGGCGGGAGAGCUGGGAGAAGGUUGACUUUAUCCGGUCAACUCUGAGGAAAUACCCCAAGGCCGAAUGGGUGUGGUGGCUUGACCUGAACACAUUCAUCAUGGAGCCCUCUGUGUCACUGCAAGACCACAUCUUCAACGAUAUCGAGAAGAACGUGGAGCGCGACGUCAACUACUACAACCCCCGCAACUUCUCGCAUCCCUUCACCGAGACGUAUCUCGACAAGGACUCGUUGAGCCCCGUGGGUGAUGGAAAAGGCAACUCGGUCAACUUUAUCAUGUCGCAAGACUGCGCAGGUUUUAACCUGGGAUCCUUUUUCGUUCGCCGGAGCGCCUGGACUGAUCGACUCCUGGAUGUGUGGUGGGAUCCAGUGACAUACGAGCAGAAGCAUAUGGAGUGGGCACACAAGGAGCAGGAUGCCCUCGACCAGCUCUACCGCACGCAGCCGUGGGUGCGUAAGCACAUGGCGUUCCUCCCGCAGCGCAAGAUUAACAGUUUCCCGCCGGGAGCGUGCAACCCCGAGGGCGGCCCCAAGGAUCCGCACAUCCACUACGUGGAGACGGAGCGGGACUUCAUGGUCAACAUGGCCGGUUGUGAAUGGGGCCGCGACUGCUGGGGCGAGAUGUACUACUACCGCGAAUUCAGCUACUGGCUCAACCGCAACCCGUGGGAACGGUUCAAGGAGGACUUGAUAGCGGUGCUGUGGUUUAAGCUCACCGGUCAGAAGGUGAAGCUGUAA